UCAAAAGAAAGAAGAGAGAGAGAUAGUGAUGGAGGAGUGAAGCAAGCCUGUUCCAGAAAUAAUGAUUCAGUGUUCGCUUGCGUCUUCGGCUUCUUCAUACCGGCAUUGAUCUUCAUCUCUCAGGGCAACAGAAGAUCUUAUUAGAAUGAUAAUGAUAAUAUUUUUUCUCCUCUGCUCUAUUAAUGCUUUUCGGUAGAGGAUGCGUUGAAGAAGAGAUGGAAAGCGGUGCAAGCAGCAAUACUCGUAAUGAGAGCUGUACCAGUACCACCACCACCGUAUCCAAGGACUGUUCAUGGUUCAGUCAAUUUCGCAAUGCGUCGAAUCCUUGGAUGGCAAGAUAUGCCUAUGGCUUCAUUUUUCUAGUCGCAAAUCUGUUGGCAUGGGUAGCGCGAGAUUAUGGUCGGGGCGCUUUGACAGAUUUGGAGAGGUUGAAAGGAUGCGACGGUGGCAGAGACUGUCUGGGUGCAGAAGGUGUUUUGCGUGUGAGCUUCGGCUGUUUUAUAUUUUUUAUCACGAUGUUUUUUUCAACCGCCGGCACUUUUAAAUUGAACGAACCCAGGGAUUCAUGGCACUCAGGGUGGUGGACGGUUAAGCUGGUUCUCUGGGCAGUGAUGACAAUCUUUCCGUUUCUACUUCCGUCUGGGCUUAUUCAGCUCUACGGGGAGAUUGCUCAUUUUGGUGCCGGGGUCUUUCUCCUAAUUCAACUAGUAAGCAUAAUCAGCUUCAUUACGUGGUUGAAUGAUUGUUGUGUGUCUGAAAAAUAUGCAGACAGAUGCCAAAUUCAUGUGAUAUUAUUCGCAACUACUGCGUAUGUUAUCUGCUUGGUGGGGAUCAUUUUGAUGUACAUUUGGUAUGCACCACAGCCAUCUUGCCUCCUGAAUAUUUUCUUUAUUACUUGGACACUAGUGCUUCUCCAGCUCAUGACAAAUGUGUCCCUGCACCCAAAAGUGAAUGCUGGCAUUCUAACUCCAGGGCUGAUGGGGCUUUAUGUUGUAUUCCUCUGCUGGUGUGCCGUUAGAAGUGAACCAGAUGGAGAAAACUGCGUCAGGAAGUCAGACUUUGCGGCCAAAACAGACUGGUUAAGCAUAAUUAGCUUUAUUGUUGCAAUACUAGCAAUCGUUAUUGCAACAUUCUCGACGGGCAUCGAUUCCAACUGCUUCCAGUUCAGGAAGGAUGACACCCCGCCAGCAGAAGAUGACGUCCCCUAUGGCUAUGGCUUCUUCCAUUUUGUGUUCGCCACAGGAGCUAUGUACUUCGCAAUGCUAUUAAUUGGAUGGAAUACUAACAGUCAUCAUGUAAUGAGGAAGUGGACAAUUGAUGUGGGCUGGACCAGCACCUGGGUCAGAAUUGUAAAUGAAUGGCUCGCAGUCUGUGUUUACUUGUGGAUGCUGGUUACACCCAUCAUAUGGAAGAGCCGACAAGCUAAUGCUACAUAAAAAAAAAAAAAAAUUUAAAGAAAAUUCCUGACCUACCCGUUCGUGCUAGCUGAGAUUCUUUUUAUCGUCCCUUUUGGGUUGAAGAUUUGGAUGUUGACAUUACCCCAUAGAGAACGCAAUGAACUCCUCCAGCUCUGUCAGAUAGGAAAUUCUUCGUCAGAAGCACUGGAUCCGGGGACAUAACCCUGAAGGAUAUCCAAUUUAUCUCCAGGUGAGGAUAUACAGUCUUCUUCUCACUCGAUCUCAAGGACUAC